UGUGUAAUCCUGCCUAUGCAUAAUCAGAACUAGUUACGUGUCUGUGCUGGUUAGUUCUGCAGCUCACCCUACUUGUUUCACCGUUUGUUUACAGCAGUGUCGAUCAAAACACUAUUACGGGUCAUUUUUAUAUAUGAUCAUCACCAACCUAUUUAACAUGUAUAAUGAGAAUUCAGGGCCGGCCUUCGCACCGCGGGUCAAAGGGGGACUGCGCGACAGCGAAAGGGGAGUCGUCGUCAGCAUGGCCGCCUUGCAUGCGGCGAAGCGAGCGCUCAGGAAGGAGAUCAAGAGCCGACUGGCUGCGAUAGGCGCAGAGGAGAAACGACGACAGUCUCGUAUCGUUACACAGAAGCUACUCCAACAUCCGAAGUACGAGAGCUGUCGCAGGAUUGCAGUGUUCCUCAGCAUGCCGGAUGAGAUCCACACAGAAGAAAUCAUUGAGGACAUCUUCCAUAAGGGCAAGGUGUGCUUCAUUCCCAGGUACCUACCCAACAGCAGCCACAUGGACAUGCUGAAGGUGACAGAAGCCAAAGACAUUCAGUCUUUGCCGGUGACAUCGUGGAACAUUCGCCAGCCUGGAGACGAGGAGCAGGGAGAGGAGGCCUUAGCUACAGAUUGUACCAGCAGUAUGUACGCAACGUUGCCAGAAGAUGGCGCUGUGAUCCCUACAGUGAGGCAGAAGGUGGCUUUGUGCCAAAACCAAAAGAUGAUGAUAAUUUUCUAGGUUAUACGUUCAUGCAAAAUAAUUGCCUUAAGAGGAGUCGUUCCCAAGAAAAUUGAUUUAACGUUUGACAGUAGUAUUAAGAGGAAAGGCGUUUUUAUAGUCUGCAGGUAUUUUGACUAUGGUGACGUAGUUCCAGCACAUGGGAUUUUAAAAUAAAUGCUGAGGUAUGUCGAGAUAAAGUAAUUAGGAAGGAAAAUGUGGAGAUAACACCUGUUUAAGUCUUAUGAACAGUAUAACCUUUACGGAACAAAGAAGCUGCCGUUAUCUCGCAACACCUUGCAGCCUGUCUAGGCCCGUCACAGUCCGGCUGCAGGCGGCCUGGAUCAUAGCGGAACACAAUGGAAGCCCAAUUAACUGCAGUUUGAAGCCAAUCUGUUCACGUCUCAGUUUUCCGUCCAUACUCACCUCAGUUCCUCCGCCCCCAUCCAGUGUUUUAAAACUCUGCACAAAACUUGAUCGGCUUUAGUGCUGCCGUGACUGAAAUGCUUUCAGAAAUGAUUAUUGUACUGCUGGACUUAAUGCCACAGAGGGAUAAAUCAGAGGAAGGCCAGAGCUGGAGGGCAGCCCCAGUAUCAGUUAGCCUAGAGGAAAUACCUCCCCCAAAUUAUUGAUAAAUGACAUUCUUAUAAGUACUCAAAAAAUAUUGAAUACUAAAGGUGUUAAAAUGAAAGGAAAACCUUUUCACCCGAUAAGAUGGGAACAAACACACAGCAAUCAAUACUUGCACUGAUUGUUAAACUGGCACCCCGCGCACAGGGGGGCGGGGGCAAGGGUGGGGGCGUGAUGAAACGCCGCUCCGGUCGCUGUCGGCUGCCUGUCUUUAAGGCUUCACAUCCUCAAUACUUCGCUUCUCCGAUUGCCUUUAUUUGUUUGUUUUAUUUCUCUUUUUUUGGAGAAGAAACGAAUCGAUGAUGGCAUCGGACACAGUUACCAAGCGUGAAUGUCAGGCAGCUGGUGGUGGCGUCUGCUGCUACUAGAGGUCCUUCAGCGCCUGAGCUCAGAGGUUUUGGGUUCCACGAAGGCAUAUCACAUCUCCCCUCCCCGUUGGAAUCGUCCUAAAUUUACCCCGUCUUACUGCGCCCCUGCAUGAGAUCAGUACGUUUAUAUUAAAAAGGAGGUACCGUUAAACGGCUCCUGCAAGCGGAAAAGCGUCCAAGCAGAGGCAAUAUAAGCGGUUAUUUAAAUACUGGAUGUUUCUACGUUAUUCCCUUAUCCUCAUCACAGUCGUGGAUACCGUAUGCCUUAUGUGGUGUGCAUCUCCUAACCCUCGUGGGCUCUGAUUAAAGCAAUAUUGCACUUUUUACAUAUGUUGAGUGAAUGGAUAAUUGGGAAAAAGGUAAUUGAUCACAAAAGUAAUGUUUCCGGGGCAACGGUCAUCGGAGGGGGGUGCUCCACCAAACAGGAUUUCUUAAUAAUAAUAAUAAUAAUAAUAAUAGACCUACGUUUUAGGUCUAUCCACACAAAAUACUAACAUACUUCUGUACGUGUAUCAAUAAAUAAAAAAUAACUAUCCAUCCAUCCAUUUUCCAAACCGCUUAUCCUACUGGGUCGCGGGGGGUCCGGAGCCUAUCCCGGAAGCAAUGAGCACAAAGCAGGGAACAACCCAGGAUGGGGGGCCAGCCCAUCGCAGGGCACACUCACACACCAUUCACUCACACAUGCAUUCCUACGGGCAAUUUAGUAACUCCGAUUAGCCUCAGCAUGUCUUUGGACUGUGGGGGGAAACCAGAGUCGUUAAAAUGACUAUAAUCAAAGAAAUCGUAUAUUUUCUAUAUUGCUAUCCUGAAUUAAACAGAAACCCAACCGUGUUAAAUUGUGAAUAAAUAUUAUAGCUGAAUUAA